AUGCCUGCGACAAGAGAUUGUCCAACGCAGAUGUCGGCUCUCCUGAGACAGGGAUAUCUCCAGCAGCGCCAUGAUAGCGCGCCAAUUAUUCCAGAUCAUAGCACUAAGAUUCUCGCCAUUCUCAAUGCCAUGAGCAGUUCUGAUGAAUCCAAGGUGAAAGACUACGAUGCUUUGGAUAUCCAAACUCUUCGGGACAUACCCAAGUACUUGCUGGCGUGGUAUGACCACAUCACGAGAAUGAUUCAUAAGAAACCAACAAUUGGUUACCCCGUUGAGGAAGUAAACCUAGUACAACGUAUCAGAAUGCCUGAAUCCAUAAUGUAUUGUCCUAUGCAGGGUAUUCAGUGCACCAUACAUGAUGUCUUGGAGGCCGCAUCCUUUCAAGUCAUCCUUCAUUUGGAUAUAAUGGAGAAUACUGAGGUUCACCUUGUUGCAGCAAUUCUCCCCACAGACGAGUCCGAACUUCGGCAGGCUGUGUAA